UCAUGAUUUAAAAGUGGUUGUAAACAAGACGCUGCAGGCUGUAAAAUGAAAAUGAAAAGUAAUUAAUAAACCGUUUGAAUUCGAUUCCGUUUGAUUUAUGAGACAAAGUCUCCUCAGGAAUUAUUUCCUCACGAUUUGAUUGAUUUCUUUGUAUUUAGUUUAACGCGGUGGAACCACGAGUUGAUCAGGAUAGGCAAGACAUCCUGUAAAUUCCAUGAUGCAAGUAUAACCUCAAGGAUUCCACCUCUUUUGUACUUCUACAUAAGAUUCAUCGUAAACAGCAUCACUCGUGUGUAUAUUAAUUGAGAGUGCAAAAUGGAUCAGAUGCUUCCGAGUCCCGGCUUCAGUAUACCUAGCAUCGGCACGCCUCUGCAUCAACCAGAGGAGGAUCAACAGAUCCUGCCGAAUGCGUUGCAGCAGCAGCAGCAGUCACAACAAUUCCAGCAGCUGCAGCAACUGCACUCGAUGAGCCCUAACAUGCAGAGUGGCAUGCUAAUGAUAACGACACCACAAAAAAAUAUACACACAUACGCUCCAACACCAUCGUUUGCGACACCACAGAGUCUUAUGCAGCCACAAACGCCGCAAAAUAUGAUGUCUCCAAUAGUACCACAAAAUAAUCAAAUAGCGCCGCCAUCAAUAGGUCCUGCGACCCCAGGGCCAAUGACACCAAUGACCCCGGCUUCCGCGGAUCCUGGAAUUUUACCACAGUUGCAGAAUAUCGUGUCUACCGUUAACUUAAAUUGCAAGCUUGACUUGAAAAAGAUAGCACUUCACGCUAGAAAUGCCGAAUAUAAUCCGAAAAGGUUUGCGGCUGUUAUCAUGCGAAUAAGAGAACCAAGAACCACCGCACUGAUAUUCAGUAGCGGCAAAAUGGUUUGUACUGGCGCCAAGAGCGAGGGAGAUUCACGUCUUGCUGCCAGAAAGUAUGCAAGAAUUAUCCAGAAGUUAGGUUUUCCUGCAAAGUUCCUAGAUUUUAAAAUCCAAAAUAUGGUCGGCAGCUGUGAUGUUAAGUUUCCAAUUAGAUUAGAAGGUUUAGUGCUCUCUCAUGGCCAAUUUUCGUCGUACGAACCAGAGCUAUUUCCAGGCCUAAUAUAUAGGAUGGUUAAACCUCGAAUUGUAUUGCUUAUAUUCGUCUCGGGGAAAGUAGUAUUGACAGGUGCAAAAAUUCGCAAGGAAAUUUAUGAAGCCUUUGACAACAUCUAUCCAAUUCUGAAGAGCUUUAAAAAGCAGUGAGUCUACAUAUUAAAUUAUAAAAGAAAAACUAUGUAUUUUCUUCUAUAAUUUAAUAUGACAAUUUAUUUCCA